CUAUGUACAAUGGUUUCUUGUUGCAAAAGGGUCUAUUUUAUGUUUUUCGGUACCAGUUUUUUUUUCAUAUAGUUUUAUUCGGAUACUGAGUCUUGGAAACUUUUAGGAAUGGAAAAUAUAGAAGAAAUAUGUAGAAAUUUCAAAGAUUUUCCACGAAACUUCCAAAUGUCAGCAUUCGCAGCGUCAGUUGCUCUUAAGCAUUUGCUGGAGAUGAACGUAAAACGUUUGUGUUAGUAUAAUUUUUUUGUGAGCAAGUGAAAUUUGAAAAUUGUGAAAAACUGCUAAAAUUAUCACCAAGGAAUACUUAUAAAGCAGAUGAAUAUGGAAUUUUUGAAAGUAACAACACUACAAAGAAAGAAGAUAGCAGCCAUAAAAAGUGCAACAUUAGAAGAAUUUAUUUCUAAAGCUUGUAAACGUUUUGAUCUUCCAUCUGAUUCUCAAUUUAAGUUUGUGUUAGAGGUUGAUGGAACUGACUUCGAAAAUUUCGAUGAAAUGAUUGAAUUUAUGAAAGAAAAUCCAGCAGUAAUAAUGAUUUUGAAAGAGAAUGAAGAAUGGACACCAAAUAUUUCAAUUCCAUCCAAAGUCAGUAGGAUUGAAAUCCCUCAAACUUCCAUUAUGAAUGAUGAAAUAAGAAUAACAGCAGUUACUUCUGCAUCUUCAGCACCUUUGGAAAUUUCUGACAACACCCCAAUUAUAGAAGAAUCACGUGCCACACCACUGAAAUGGGAAAAUAUUACGCCCAAAGGAUUUACUGAUGCUUCAAACAAUUCAUGUGUCAAAGAACUGCAACUAAUAAGGAAUAUUGCAGAUUUCAUGCUUGAAAGGAGGACAGUGACAUAUUCGGAUGCCUUACGUAUGGCUAAAGAAACAGUUGCCCGCUUUCCCAAAGCAUUUGAAAAACGAACCUGGAAAAAUGGCGAAAAUACGAUCUAUUGUAAUGGAAUAGAUUCUCUGCGAUGUAGGAUUUAUGAACGUUUGAAGUUUUUAAAAUCAAUCGACGUUUGUGGUAAAAAACGCAAAAGAAGCGAAUUAGUCGAUGAUAAUGAAAAUCAAGAAGCUCGAAAAAAACGUAGUACACGUUACGGACAAGAUCAAGAUUGUUAUGGAUGUGUGGCCUUUGAGCCAUCUCUUCCUGAAACUGAAACUGAAGAGUCUCAACUCCAAAAGCAACGUCUUCUUUUAAACUAUAAAACUCAAAAUGAAGGUACACCAGAGGACAUAGAAAUAUUAAUGAGCGACACUUAUCCAUCGCAAAGAAUCAUUCUAAAUAAAAGGGAUAGCAAUAACAUGGCUUUAAAAGAUAUAUUAAAAGAUCAUUGGCCUUAUUUAACUGAAAAAAAAUAUUUCCUUUUACAUGCUAAUACUUUGCUUGGGAAAAAUAUUAAAGACAUUUGGAACAACAACGUGCAAUUGAAGAUUCCAGAAAUAAUAGUUUUUUUUCGAAGCUAUUGUGGGCAAUAUAAUAGACGAAAAUCCUGUCCUGAGGCAGUUACGCCAAUGAAAAAUUUGCUAAGUGAUGCAAAGAAAGCUGAUGAAAAUCUUACUAGUAAAAUGGCAAGCACAUUAGUUUUUUUGCCUCUUAUCGCAAAAAAAUUUAAAGAAAAUGAACUUUACAUUUUGGUUGACCCUUUUGAAAAUGAAGAAAACAUCAAAAAGAAAGCAGAUCCUAUACGACCAUCAUUAAUAAUAAAAGGAACGUCACUCUACGAUGAAAAGUGUGAAUCUGUUAUCCUUAUUCAGGGGGAAGUAGUACUAGAAGCCGACAGUGUAAUGGAGGGAAUCUUAUUUCUAUCUCUUUGCUUUUAUGUUUUCGGAUAUAAUUACCCUGAAAAAAAAACUUCAUCAUUGGAAUUUAUUCAAAGGAUGUUACUGGAUAUUAAUCCCACGGAGGGACACAAACGAUGGACGAAAAAGGCUACAAAAACGAUCAGGGAUGCAAAGGCAGGCCGAUUGAUUGACGACAUCGUAGAUUUUAAUGCAAAUUUUUAUACUCCAUAAUUUUUAUAAUUUUUUAAACAUAUG